AGUCUCGCACAGGUGCCCCGGCUCCUCCCCUUCAGUCUCGCACAGGUGCCCCGGCUCCUCCCCUUCAGUCUCGCACAGGUGCCCCGGCUCCUCCCCUUCAGUCUCGCACAGGUGCCCCGGCUCCUCCCCUCCAGUGUCGCACAGGUGUCCCGGCUCCUCCCCUUCAGUCUUGUACAGGUGUCCCGGCUCCUCCCCUUCAGUCUUGUACAGGUGUCCCGGCUCCUCCCCCUCAGUCUUGCACAGGUGUCCCGACUCCUCCCCUGGACUAAAUUGGCUUCCUCUGAUGUCACUGCACACUGCAAGCUCCUCACAAUGUGCAUUAGAAGCUACAGCCAAUCAGAGAGAGCUCUGCCCCAUUUCCUGGCUGGAGGACGCCCAGCAUCAUCUAGCCUGACUGUCCCUGAUCCCACCCCUGUCAUCAGUUCAGCAUCACAUGUGGGCGUUACCUAUGCGAAUGUAGCCUGCUUAGGACCGCCCUCUUCUCCAGUCUGACACACCCACCUAUGAAGGCAUCUUUGAUAUUUGCAUAACUCCUCCCACUGCGUGCGCCAGGGCUGAGGGC